AUGGUGAGGUUUUUAGGGUUGACUCUUGGUUACGCAGAAGAACCCCGGGAAAUAGCAUCCAGAUCGAACCUGACCAGCGAGUCUGGUGAAAAUGGGUGGCUCAUCAGGUUCUUUGACUCGGCGUUUUUCUGCGAGUGGAUUGCUGUUAGCUACUUGUACAAGCAUGACCACGCCGGGGUGCGUGAUUAUCUCUGUAAUAGAAUGUAUACUCUUCCGUUGCAAGGUGUUGAGAGUUAUUUGUUCCAGAUAUGUUACAUGAUGAUACACAAACCUAGCCCGUCCUUGGAUAAAUAUGUGAUAGAUGUAUGCUCUAAGUCACUUAAGAUUGCUUUGAAGGUACAUUGGUUCUUGUCAGCAGAGCUUGAGGAUUCUGAUGAUAACGAAGGGAUCAGUAGGAUUCAGGACAAGUGUCAGAUCGCCGCCACCUUGAUGGGUGAGUGGCCACCUCUAAUUAGGCCUCAAACUGAACCUCCAAGUCCUGGAGGAAAGAGCCAAGUUUUGAACAGGUUACUGUCAUCAAAAAAUCGCUUGUUAUCACUAACAUCCUCACCGCCUGGUCAGAAGUCUUUAUCAUUUUCACCUUCCUCAGGAAACAAUUUGCAUGAGGAUGGGAAACCGCUGUCUCCUGAUGAGAGCAAGAUAUUUAAGAAGUUUAUGCCAGGCCCUAAGGUUAGAGAUGCUUUACUUUUUCGGAAGUCAGUGGACAAAGAUGAUGAUGGUCCUGAAAAGGAUGGCUUUUUCAAGAGGCUUUUGAAAGAUAGCAAAGGUGAUGAUGAACUGGGCCAAAAAAUUCGUGAUGCAUUUCUGUUUAGGAAGUCAUCUGUGAAAGAUGAUGAAGAUUCUGAAAAAGAUAAUUUCUUUAAAAGGUUCUUAAGGGACAGCAGAGGUGACGAUGAAGACUCAGAAAAGGAUGGUUUCUUUCGAAGGCUCUUAAGGGACAGUAGAAGUGAAGAUGAAGAUGUAGCUUCAAGUUCAGAGGGAUUAUUUAAGAGAUUGUUUCGUGAUAGCAAGAAUGAUUCUGAGGACAGAGCACACACUAAAACAAUAGAAGAUGAAGAUAAAGAGGGAUUUUUCCGAAAGUUUUUCCGGGAGAAAUCUGAAGAUAGGAAGGAUGGGAUUGAUAAUAGAGAUGCUGGUAAUUUUGAAGAGAAAUAUGCCAAACAUGCUGAAGAGGAUGAAAAAGAAGGGUUUUUUCGGAAAUUAUUAAAGGAUAAAUUUGAGGACAAGAAAGAUACAAAUGAUAAAAUUGAAGACAGUACUACCAAUGGUGAGGAAGAAGAGUCUUCUGAGUUUUCCUUGUUCAAAAGACUAUUUCGUGUGCAUCCUGAAGAUGCAAAAAGUAGUCUGGCCAAUGCAAACGGCAAUAAUGGUGGUUUAGUUGAGAGUAGUCCAGGUACAGAGAAUUUUUUUCGUAAGUUGUUCAGAGAUCGUGACCGUUCAAUUGAGGAUUCAGAGCUAUUGGGUCCAAAAAGGCAGAAAGAGGUCUGUUGA